AUGGACACAGUGCAGAUAACAAGUUCAUCCGAGGAUGAUGAUGAUAUGUACUUAAAUUCUGUAGCAAAGCUGAAAGAAUUGAAAAAGCAGACGUCAUCACACUUAAACAAAGAAGUGGCUGAAAAGUCAGAAGAAAAAAAAACAGAAGGAAUUGAAGUUCCUAAAGUGGAUGUUGUACAAAAACGGCCAGGUCGAAAAACGAGAGCUAAGACAAAUAAUUCUGGCACACGAACAAGACAGCAAGGAGAUGAAAGAGUUUCACCAGAACAAGAUUCAGAUUUGGAGAUUGUUUCUGUCGAAGAAAAAACACAAUCUGUCGAGGAAAUACCAAAUUCAGCAUCAAAAGAUGAUUUAAUAGUAGAACAACUUGUUGAUUUAAGUGAAGAUGAAAACUAUGAUAUAGAUUUCAAAAUUUUAUGGCGAUCAAAAAAUAUGCAUCGUUUAAAUAUUCGCCAAAAUGAAAAUUUUCGAAAAAUAUUCGAGUAUUUCGCAAAUCUGGAGGAUGUUUCUAUAGAUGAGAUUUUGAUAACUAAAAAAGAUAAAACUAUUAAAAAGAAUGAUACUCCAACUUCUAUAAAUUUGUCUGUAAUCGAUAUACUAGAGGGAGGUAUCGUGAAAAAGGACAGUACUAUGCUUCAGAAGAAUACAGAAGGAAAAGUCGAUGAAAACGUCUGCAUGAUAAAAGUACAAACCACGAACAAGAAGAGUUUGACAAUACCCGUUAAGCGGGAUGAUAAUUUCAAAAAUCUCUGGGCAAAAUGUGCGGAAGAAUUAAACACCGAAGAGACGAAAAUGAAAUUAUACUUUGACGGGGAAGUGAUUGCAAUAACAAAUACUCCCGAUUCAUUAGAUAUAGAAGACGAAGCUUGUUUCGAUCUUCGUCUGUCUUCGUAG